AUGUUGGACUGGCUUUUGCCGUGCGAGGCUGUGAAAAAGGUCAUGGCUGAGGCACUUGGGAAGGUGGCCUUGGUGGAAAGAGAUUUGACGGCGACGUAUAAAGCUUCGUGUUUGAAUGCUUUGGAAAGUUGGAGAUUUUAUAAGAUAUAUUGUCUUCCCCCCUCCCCAAUCGGUUGUUUGGUUGCUGAGAAAGGUAGUGGUAGUGAUGGAGUGGAGGUUGUGGUGGUGAUGAAGGUGGAGUUGGUGGUUGUGGUAGUGGUGGUGGUAAGGAUGUUGAUUGUGGAGGUGGUGAUAGUGACAACAUUGUGGUGGUGGUGGCAGCAUGGUGGUGGAUGUGGUGGUGGUGGUGGUGGUGGUUGUGGUGGUAGUGGUGGAGGCGAAGGUGGAGUUGGUGGUAGUGGUGGUAGUAGUAAUGGUGGUGGUGGUGGUGGUGGUGAAGGUGGAGUUGGUGGUAGUGGAUGA